GUCUCACUGUCGUCGUAUGUUUCGUCCUCCUCUCCGUGUUGUUGUUCUCGGUGACGCGACGGAGGUGUAGCCUGACGCGGUCUCUUACGUGUCGGUCUGAAUAAAAGUGGAGCUCCGUAGACCCGGGAGUGACGAAGCGAGUCUGUGUUGAUUUUAAAUGACAAUGGAAACUUGUGCAGAUACACAGCAAAGUGGUGAAACGGGUACAAAGCAGGAGCCUGAGAUUACCCUGGCACAGGCCUCCAUAGCAACUGGCCAGGUGUCAUCCAGCAGCCCCACUGUGGCCUUGGUGCAGUUGCCGAACGGCCAAACCGUCCAAGUUCACGGGGUGAUCCAAGCAGCCCAGCCCUCAGUCAUCCAGCCCCCUCAGGUCCAAGCAGUUCAGAUUUCAACAGUUGCUGAAAGUGAGGACUCCCAGGAGUCUGUCGACAGCGUCACAGAUUCUCAGAAGAGGAGAGAAAUCCUGUCCAGACGACCUUCAUACAGAAAAAUCCUAAAUGACUUAUCAUCAGACACUCCAGCAGUUCCGUGUAUCGAGGAAGAAAAAUCUGAAGACGACUCAACCCCGGCCAUCACCACAGUCACCAUGCCCACGCCCAUCUACCAAACCAGCAGCGGCCAGUACAUCGCCAUCACCCAGGGAGGGGCCAUCCAGUUGGCUAAUAAUGGGACAGAUGGCGUUCAGGGCCUACAAGCACUCACCAUGGCCAAUGCUGCCGCAGCCCAACCUGGCGCCACCAUUCUCCAAUACGCCCAGACCAGCGAUGGGCAGCAGAUCCUGUUGCCUAGCAACCAGGUGGUUGUACAAGCCGCCUCUGGAGAUGUUCAGGCCUAUCAGAUUCGCACAGCGCCAACCAGCGCGAUCACCCCCGGGGUUGUCAUGGCGACCUCACCUGCAUUGGGUACGGGGACAGGAACUGAGGAGGUCACGCGCAAAAGGGAGGUGCGCCUUAUGAAAAACAGGGAGGCUGCCCGUGAGUGUCGCAGGAAGAAGAAGGAGUACGUCAAGUGUCUGGAAAACCGUGUAGCUGUGCUGGAGAACCAGAACAAAACCCUCAUUGAGGAACUCAAAGCCCUCAAAGACUUGUAUUGCCACAAAUCUGAGUAGGUGCACCAUUAAUCGCCCGCCUGUGUACAGAAACUCAGCAAAGAGCCAUGCAGACUGAUGCCCUUCUACCUUUUCUACUUACUUUGCUUUCUUGAAAACAAGGGGGGGGGGGGGGGACUUCAAGAAAUUGAUUACAUGGCCCAGUACGCAAAGUGAACUGCCACUUCUAAAUUAGCAUUCUGUUCCCAUGACGUCUUGAUGAGCAGAUUUAUGCUCAGAGGAGCGCUCAUAAAUGGAAUGACCAAAGCAAGGGAUUCUGUAGUGACUCUUGAACUGGAGUUGGAGCCGCAAGAUUUCAUCAUCACUAACAAUCGAACGGUUCCGAUACCCCCUUCUUCGCAGCACCUGGCUCACUUGGAGAUCUGGCGUCAUUUGGAUGUCGCUACAACGCAAUUUGCUUCACAGUAGUUUAAUCAUGUACUUCAAUUUGCAUCAUGGAUUUUAUUUUUGAGCUGUGUUUCUGAUCUCUUUCUGCACCUUGUUUGCCAUUUCCCUUUACGUUCGCUUACUUUGCCUUGAUACAUGAACAAAAAUGUUAACCUUUGGGGUUGUACGUUUAAUUAAGCAGAAAACAUGCAAUUUUGCAGUUCAAUU